AAUCAAAGCCUGUAAUGAAUAAUUUACUGGCCUUAUUGUCCAUUUUACUGGUGGAAUGGCCUUUAACAAGAUCAGGUAAUAACAGAGAGUUUCUUCCGGGGAAUUAACCAAAAUAUUUUUUUCGUUAUACUUAUUUUUACUUCUGUUUCAUUUUUGUUUGUUUGUUUGUUUGUUUUUUGUAAGCGAACAGGAAAAAUAAACAAAAUGGCCCUGAAAACACUAAGCAAGAGGGAACAACCAACAACUUUUGCAGUCAGUUUCAGUGGCCAGAUGAUUUUUGUAAAUCUUUAAGCCUCAAAAUUGUGAAAAAACCUUACGAGUAAAUGUUUAAUUAUUGUAGCGCUUUUGCAAGUUCCUAAAGGAUCAUUCAGAAGUAGAACACACCACCAAACUCUAAGGGACAAAAAACUAUCAGAGACAAACCCAUAUAAUUUUUAUGCACCAAGAACUAAUGCGAGGAACAACGACUGGAGUGAUCAAUAUUUCUCAAGGUCUCAAUAUAACUCAUACAGAAGGAAUGCUAAUUUUCUAAGUCUUUCAAGAGGAGCUGAUUCCCGAACGAACAAAAAAAUUCAAAGAGAAAGGGAACCACCCAACAAUUCUCAUUGGGCGCAAAAAAACUCAUCAAAAAAACUGACAAGAUCUUCGUUGACGACGAAAAGUCUACCGAGCACGAGAGGUGUACAAGACUCUCUCAGAGACAGAUCUACGGUCAAAAAAGCAACUUUGGCAAGUCCGCGAUGGACAAGGAGUCGGGGAGAACACAAAAAGAAGAAACAAUUUAUUGUAGCAAACUGGGGAGGGUUGGGUUUGGGAAACGGUUUAGGAGUAGGCCUAACAGGCACAACAACGGACAGUUAUGACACCGGUCUUAAUACGAGACUCGGGACAGCUGCGUAUGGAACGGGUCUAAGUGCAAGUUAUUCCAACGACUAUGGUGCCGGCCUCGGCACAUUGCUGGCUACUGGUUACGGGACGGGUGGCGCAAACGUUUUGGGUUCAAAUGCAGUCUUGGACCCUAGACACAACUUUGGCUCAAACUACGGUGGCGCUACAACAAGCAAUGGGCAAAGUCAAACAGCAUUAAGUGAUCUGUCAUCCACUUCCCUAAACUCUUUGUCUUCACCACAAGCCGGUGGAGUCAACUCCCUUCUGUCAAACUUAGGGGAAACAGGAGGGGUAUCAGACUUGAGCUCAAUGAACUCGCUCAGCUCCUACCAAAAUAACGGUUUGGACAUGUUGGGAAAUACAGGAAACACAGCCUCAACUGGUUUAGAUAAUUUUAACUCACUACCAGGGGAACUCUCACAAAGCCAACAGCUCGGAGACGGAAGUGAAAAUUUAUUGAACUCUCUUGAAGAGAAGCUUAACAUGGGUGCCGGAGGGAGGCAGGGAAUUGGUGGUAAGUUAUGAAUAUAUCAGGCAUAAUUCUAAGAUAUUCAUAGAAGGGAGUUGGUUCUCUCAUAAAUUUUUAGUUAAAAACUGAUUGAACUAAGGGCAUAUAAAGGAAAAGCCCAGGUGCAAGCGCGUUAUAAUUACUAUAUUAGUUUAUCGACAUUUAGCUUACUUGAACACAGCUUGAACUGAGGAAUGACCAAUUGUUGUCCUAACUAAGACUAAUAAAAGAUGAUAUUUUUGAUAAAUAGAGAAGCCUUGACUGUGCUCUAUUCUGUUGUAAAGCACGCAGGAAGCGGCUAGAAAACGAAAGAAAUGUAAGGAGAAACACGAGACGUAGUCGAUUGUUUCUCCCCACUUCUUGAGUGCUCUAGCCGCUUCCUAAGUGCUUUAAAACAGAAAAGCGCACAGUCAAGGCUUCUCUAUUUGUUUUAUAAUAAAAAAAAAAAGUUAAAUUCCUCAAGCAAACUCCCAAGCAUUACUUUCAGUUUUCAAAACAAACUUUGUUUCCAAAGCGAACAACAGUGUCUUCAGCAUGCUCUAUACUCUCUUAAAGCAUGUUACAAUAGGCCAAUCAGAAUCCCUGUUAGAAUGGUUCAAACAAUCUGAUUGGCUGUACAAGACUAAAGCUGUCAGAAAUGUCAAACCGUCAAAGUAAAAAAACCAUCAAAGUUCACAUUCUGCAGUAGUUUAAAAACUUGAAGGCCGGCAGGUCGAAUUAACACUUCUGCCUGAAGUCUUUUAGUCUCUAAUACAGAAUCUGAAAGUGAAAUUUUUAGUGAAACUCGGCCGAAUUGUGGCUCAUAAAAACACGCAAGGUUUUCACACGACAAGUAGAAAACAAACAGUUCAGUUGAGUGUUUUGUGAAUGAACGACAGCCGAAUUCACCGGAACAUAAAGAUCGCUCGGGAUGAUAGCGCCGUGACACUCGGCUGCAGUGACUGAUGAGGCCUUCCACUCAACGCAUCGGAAAGGAUAUCAGAGCAAGCUCAUAUUUUUUUCACUCGAAGGGCGGCCGAUGUAGUUCCUGAGGCUUGCUUCACUGCGAUGACCGAAGAUCGCCAUGAUGAGCUAGCCGCGAUGGACCUCAACGUGAUCGCAGGCGCUCUGACAUCGGCAUGAUUAGUAUGAAUUUUAACAGUUAUGCCAGUUUGGUCAUAUUUUUCAUCAUUCCUGUUUUGUUCUGUUUUGUUCUUGAUCACGAAACUUUACUUACUAUACGAGUGUUAGCUGUGUCAGGUUCUAUUACCGUACAUAAGCUUGCCAUCGCACUAAACUUGAAAACCUCUAAAACUUGGACUGGCCAUUUCGUUUUCUCCUUGAGGAUUUUCGUCUCUGCUCACGUUUUAAUAACGUAAGUUACGGCGCCUGGCCUUUUCAAAACAUUUGUUUGGUUCUUUUGUUGCUACUUUCCGGCUCGCUUUUUCCGAAAUUUCACUUUCAAUUAACGAAAAAAAGCUAGAGAGAAGUCCCGCAAAAAAGGUCAAACAUAGUACAAUUUGGCAGAUGGCGUGACAGCUUUAGCUCAGCUCUAUUUAACAAAUAGAGAAGCCUUGACUGUCCUCUGUUCUGUUAUAAAGCACGAAGGAAGCGGCUGGAGCACGAAAGAAGUGCAGGGAGAAACACAAGACGUAGUCGAGUGUUUCUCCCUACUUCUUGAGUGCUCUAGCCGCUUCCUAAGUAAGCCAAUCAGAAUCCCUGUUAGAAUGGUUCAAAUAAUCUGAUUGGCUGUACAAGACUAAAGCUGUCAAAAGUGUCAAACCAUCAAAGUUUAAAAACCAUCAAAGUUCACAUUCUGCGAUAGUUUACAAACUAAAAUAGUUCGGCAGGUCGAAUUUAACACUUUUGCCUGAAGUUUUUAAGUCUCUAAUACAGAAUCUUGAAGGGAAAUGUUCAGUGAACUUCAGCCGAAUUAUGGCUCAUAAAAAUGCGCGAGUUUUUUCACAUGACAAGGUAGGAAACAAAAUGUUCAAGGCGAGUGUAUUUUGAAUGAACGACAGCCGAAUUCACCUGAACAUGAAGAUCGCUCGGGAUGACAGCACGGCAAAACUCGGCUGCAGUGACUGAUGUGACUUUCCACUCAACGCAUCGGAAAGGAUAUCAGAGCAAGCUCUUAUUUUUUUACUCGAGGGGCGGCCGAUGUAGUUUCUGAGGCUUGCUUUACUGUGAUGACCGGAGAUCGCCAUGAUAAGCGAGCCGCGAUGGACUUCAGCAUGAUCAUAUUCGCGCAGAUACCGUCAUGAUUAGAAUGAAUUUUAACAGUUAUGCCAGUUUGGUUAUAUUUUUCAUCAUUUCUGUUUUGUUCAGUUUUGUAUUUGAACACUGAACUUUAUAUACUAUACGAGUGUUAGCUGUGUUUGAUUUUUAUUUCCGUACGUAAGCUUACAAACUAACUGAGCGUGAAAAUCUUUAAAACUCGGAAUGUCUAUUUUGUUUUUCCUUUGAGGAUUUUCGUAUCUGCUCACGUUUCAUUAACGUAAAUUACGGCGCCUGGUAAGUUUACAAACCUUUGUUUGGUUCUUCUGUUGCUACUUUCCGGCUCGCUUGUUCCGAAAUUUCACUUUCAAUUAUCGGAAAAAAGCUAAAAAGAAGUCCCGGAAAAGGUCGAACAUAGUACAAUUUGGCAGAUGGCGUGACAGCUUUAGCUCAGCUCUAUGCUCUAUACUCUCAUAGAGCACGCUCUUUCAACCAAUGACAGCGCGCGUUAUAUCCGAACUUUAUUAUAAUUAACAAAUAGAGAAGCUUUGACUGUGCUCUGUUCUGUUAUAAAGCACGCAGGAAGCGGCUAGAGCACGAAAGAAGUGUAGGGAGAAACACGAGACGUAGUCCCACUUCUUGAGUGCUCUAGCCGCUUCCUAAGUGCUUUAUAACAGAACAGAGCACAGUCAAGGCUUCUCUAUUUGUUUUAUAAUGAAGAAUCCAUUAAAUUUCCCAAGAAUUACUUUCAAUUUUCAAAACAAAUUUUAUUUCCAAAGCGAACAACAGUGUCGUCAGCAUGCUCUAUACUCUCAUAGAGCACGCUACAAUAGGCCAAUCAGAAUCCCUGUUAGAAUGGUUCAAAUAGUCUGAUUGGCUAUACAAGACAAAAGCUGUCAAAAGUGUCAAACCAUCACAGUUCAAAAACCAUUAAAGUUCACAAUCUGAGAUAGUUUACAAACUAAAAUAGUUCGGCAAGUCGAAUUUAACGCUUUUGCUUGAAGUUUUUAAUACAGAAUCCUCAAGUGAAAUGUUCAGUAAACUUCAGCCGAAUUAUGGCUCAUAAAAAACGCAAGUUUUUUCACAUGACAAGGUAGAAAACAAACUGUUCAAGGCGAGUGUUUUUUAAAUGAACGACAGCCGAAUUCACCGGAACAUGAAGAUCGCUCGGAAUGACAGCGUCGCAAAACUCGGCUGCAGUGACUGAAGUGACUUUCCACUCAACGCAUCGGAAAGGAUAUCAGAGCGAGUUCUUAUUUUUUCACUCAAAGGGCGGCCGAUGUAGUUUCUGAGGUUUGCUUUACUGUGAUGACCGGAGAUCAUCAUGAUAAGAGAGCCGCGAUGGACUUCAGCAUGAUCAUAUUUGCUCAGACACCGUCAUGAUUAGUAUGAAUUUUAACAGUUAUGUCAGUUUGGUUAUAUUUUUCAUCAUUUCUGUUUUGUUCUAUUUUGUUUUUGAACUCUGAACUUUAUAUACUAUUCGAGUGUUUGCUGUGUUUGAUUUUUAUUACCGUACUUAAGCUUGCAAUCUAACUGAGCGUGAAAAUCUUUGAAACUUGGAAUGUCUAUUUUGUUUUUCCUUUAAGGAUUUUCAUAUUCAUAUUUUAAUAACGUAAAUUACGGCGCCUGGUAUGUUUACAAACCUUUGUUUGGUUCUUCCGUUGCUACUUGCCGGCUCACUUGUUCCGAAAUUUCACUUUCAAUUAUCGGAAAAAAGCUAAAAAGAAGUCCCGGAAAAGGUCAAACAUAGAAUAACUUGGCAGAUGGCGUGACAGCUUUAGCUCAGUUCUAUGUUCUAUACUCUCAUAGAGCACGCCCUUUCAACCAAUGACAGCGCGCGUUAUAUCCGAACUUUAUUAUAAACUCUAUUUAACAAAUAGAUUCCAAGUUGCCGUGCGUCUGUUCAGUAAUGGAUCACAAAGGACGUCAAAAUGUGGUAAGAACAAAAAAGUGGCACACGAGGCACAGCCGAGUGUGUCACUGAUGUUCUUACCACAUUUUGACGUCCUCUGUGAUCUAUUACUGAACAGAUGCACGGCAACUUGGAACCUAUUUGUUUUAUAUAAAAAAGAAUUAAAAAAAGUUUAAUGAUGACGUCAUCUAUACGUCUGUCCUCCAAUAGAUCAUAAGUGAGAACCAAUCUGAAUGUGUGCAUAACUGAGCUUAUUAUAUAAACUCUCAUAGAGCACGCUCUUUCAACCAAUGACAGCACGCGUUAUAUCCGAACUCUAUUACAAUCUUACAUAAACGAAUGCCAAGGUACGACAGGCAUACUUCUUUGUCCAUAAAUUUAACACAUAAAAAGUAGUCCUUACUACAAAACCACUACGUUGAAGAUAAAAAGGAAACAAUUUUAAGUCCUAGAACAGAUAUUAAACUCAUAUGCCUAAAAACUCACAGCUUUGGGGUUAUAUCAAACUUGAUAUGAGAUUAACACUUUGUGUGAUGCUAGUGUCCAAUUGUCUUGUACAUUCACAGCAAUGGAUCUUGGUAUGGACGAACUUGGUGGUAAUGGCAUGUCUGAUAGUUCCCUGCAGCAGCUCCUGGGGCAAAUCAUGGCCGGCGGGGGAGGAGGUGGGGGAGGUGGUGGCGGCGGCGGAGGAAGAAUGGCUGGUGGUGGCGGACGCAUGAGCAACAGCAAUGACAACAUGGGAGGGGACAUGGGAAACCUUGAUCUUGGAUCACUGGGGCUUAACCUUGGGAUGGGGAACGGAAUGGGAAGCAAAAUGGGAGGGAACGGGAUGGGAAACGGGAUGGGAAAUGGGAUGGGAAACGGGAUGGAUAACGGGGUCGAAGGACUGGGAGGAAUGGGAAGCAUGGGAAAUAGUAUGAGCAGUGAUAUGGGUAAUAUGGGAAAUGGGAUGGGAAUGGGAAUGGGAAUAGGUGCAAUGGGACACGGGAUGAAAAUAGGAGGAAUGGGGCAUGCUGCAGGGGCCAUGGGUGGCCAGGAUGACACUAAUUCCGAGGUGAGAGGAAUAUGGACGUAUAAACCACAAAAUGAGAAAACCUUACAACAUAGCAAAAAAUAUAAAUUGUUCGCAUUUUCCUCAAAAAUAAAACAACCAUUUUCAGCCAAACUCUCUAACCGCCGAAACUGUGAUACAUGUCAGGUCUGUUAAACAAAUCGGAUGGGAAAGUGAAGCGCCACAAACCCUUCAUCGAGUAGAAGCACCUCGUACAUUUAAUAACUAUUUACUUAAGUGAAAGUGGCUAAAGGUGGACAUUCACCGAGCCGCGAGGCGGCCAGGUAAAUAUUAACCCCUGGCCACCGACUCUGAUGGCGCAAGUCCCCCGUGAGUUGCUCGGAGGUGAAUAGCAAAGAAUAUUCGGAGUUUGAGUAGCCAAUCAGAGUAGGCUUUCGACGAUAUCCACUGUUUUAGUACAUUCUUUAUGAAUCAUUACUAUGUAUUUGAGCGACUCAUUUUCACAAUCGCCUCUAAUUUUUCAUCUCGAAAAAAGUGCGUGCUUUUACAUAUGAAAGCCACCAGGACAUUUGUUAACGCUUAAAUAUCCAUAAACAUAUUGAGAUCUUUUGUCUCUAUCUGUGCAGUUAGAGGAUUCACAGCCUUCUGAUGCACCUGAUGAGCAGAGUUUACCUAAUUACAUGCAGCGCCCGUUGGCCAUCGCACCUAUCGUCCCUGGACAAACGGUGCAUGCGCAUGCCAGUGACAAGCCUAAGCGACCAAGCUAUUCAACAGCUUUGUACUCUCCAUCAGAAAUGGCUUUGAAGGUUCAAUUAAAGGCCAAUAAGGAACAUCAAAAGAAACUUAAGGUGAAAAGUAAAAAUAGGCUCGUCAAAAUUUUCGUCUUUGUGGUUCACCCCUUUUUAGCUGAUAAUGAGGUUAAUGGAACAGGUCAUGAAUGACACAGCUUGCUGGUCACCACGACUGAGGUUUCGAUGAAAUUUUGCAGGAUUUGAAAGUGAAAUUAAGAAGGUUACGAGCGAAGUUACGGAAACUCAAGGCUGAGUAUAAGUAUUCUGAGGACGAAGAGGAAUCUGAAAAAUCGGAGAUGUCCACACUUCAAGAUUUAAAGAGGGCGACCGAACAGGCCAUUAGGGAAUUACAGAUUGAAGCUGCUAAAGCGAGUAAAAGAAAAGGUUUGGAAGUUUGAUUUUUUGGACAAUCCGCUAAAAACAAAAAUACCAAUCUUAAUAUUAAUGAUGCUCUAAUGUUAAUUCUCAGGUGUCAAAAAAUUAAUUUUCAUUCACAAAUUCCCCGAAGCGGAUGGAAACAAAUCCAGCAAGUCGAACAGCCUUGAGGACCUGGGUACCGACUUACUCGCGCUUAUCGAGUCAAAUAAACCGUCUCCUGCACCUAGUGCCUCGCCUCUAAGCCCAAAACCGGCUUCUCCGUCUACCCAGGCCGCUCAAAAGAAGGAGCCGGUGGAAGAUGACACACCCUCACUAACAGCACUUGAAAAACAGGCAGAAAUGGAAGUAAAUUUUCUUUCAAAGAAAAAGGAGAAAGGCAAUUUCUUAUUCCUUAUUAGCUGUUUAAUAUCCUAACCCUAACCCCAAGGCUACUUAAUGUUUGUAAUGAAGAUUAAUUAGACCAUAAAUUGACAAGGAUCUAUGGUAUGGAGAAAGAAACCAAGCCAGUGGAGGUAAAAUAAUGAAUUGAAGUCUCUAUUGCAAAGGUGAAAACAAAUCAUGAUCAAGUUUGUAUGUAUAGCUUUAUUUGACAAAAUCACUUGGUGGCUGUUGCGUACAAAGACAGUCUUUAUUAGGUACAUUUCAAGAUGUCAGACUGGCACUUCAUCUUUAAUAUAUGUAAAUGUAUGGUGAUACUUAACAAGUUUUGAGACUAAUAUGACCUCUCCCACUCUAACACUCCAAAAAUAUUUACAAUCAACAGGUAAACCAAAAGCAUCAAAUCCAGGAUUGAAAAUAACAAUUCCAGGUAUAUCAUUCUUUUAAAAGACUCAUAUUUAAGGAGAAAAGUUCUUUUUGGAAUAUUUCCAGGUUGUAAUCCAAGUUCAAAAGUUACACUUAAAUUAAUUGUUACAUUUAACUCAGAAAAAUUAUCUACUGAACACUAUAAAGUAUGAUGAAUGCUUUGUUUGAAAAUGAAAGACGGUAAAUAAGACACCCAAAUCUGAUUUACCAUGAUGCUUUUUCCUUUGGGAAAACUUACUGAAGUUCCUUUAAAGUAAAAUGACAGAAAAUCUUAAGCUAUGUGUAUGUUUUCGCCAAAAAAUUGUUUUUGAACUCAUCAAGUGAAGAAUUUUCCUCAUCUCAUGUUCUUAUAGGAUUGUUUUUUAUGCUUACAGAAGCAGCUGAUAUCACAGCAAACCAAACUACAGGUGAGUCCAACACAGUUGAAUAACUCAAUAAAAAGUGCAGUAGUGUGCAAGCCAACAUUGAGUAUCCAAGGGAAGCAACUAGAGUUAGAGACCAUUAAAUGUUUAUCACACUUAUUGGAGAUCUCUACGUAUCACCUCUUUCUGAGGUGUUGCUGUAUGUUGCAGCAGCAGGUUGCUUGGUAUUCGUAGGAGGUCAUUAUUGACUAAUAAACUAAAUAAAGUGUUAUCUACUCACCCAGUCAAGAUUCAAAGCAUAAAUGAUCUUCACUAACCAAAUGACUGCUGCAUUGCUGGUUAAUCAUCUUAACAACAAACUGAAAUUUAUGUUUGUAUUUAUCUCCUAUUAAAAGGAUCUGGUCUAUUUGGGGUAUUUAGAUUCUGUUUUUGGGAAAGAAACAAUCACUGAAGACAUUACUGACUGGCAAAAGUCCAGACAAACAGAGUUUCACUCAGUUUAUAAGGGCAGGCUAAUAUUUACAUCCUGUAUGGAUCUGUAAGAGUAUUGGUUAAGUGACAGAAAUACUAUUAAUUAGCUUACCUAAUUCAAGGUCCCAAGGGGAAGACAGGUAUGCAUGUAGUAAUGGCUCUAACUGAUAUUCAUGCCCUUGAUUGCUAAACAAAAGCAUGAAACAUCCAGAAGUACUAUAGAAAAAUGAAACAAAAAACAAUCAAGUCCCACUAAAUGGUGUGGAAUUUCUCAAUAAAAACAUAUACCCAUGAAAGUAAAAUAGUCUUAUAAAGUUUUCAUUGAUUAGUUUUGACUAUAUCACUUCCUAUUUCUGGUCAUUGCACUACAUUAAAUUCAUCAUUAUGAAAUAUAUUAAUCCAAGAGAAGGCUUCAUGGCCCAAACAUUUAAGAACACUGUCUCAUUCCUUAUGAGGAUACAAUGCUCCUCAAAAGUGACUGGGAAAAUUAUUUUACAAAAAAGUAAUGGAAAUUAUCAUCAGUCAGGAAUUUUAGAUGAUUUUUCUAUAAUUGAUUCAUUUUGUCAAUAACUGAAUGAUGUCAUUAUCCUCAACUGAAUAAUCACAGCUGAUUAGGAAUGAUUUUUCUUGCCAGUUAUGGACAUUCAAUACAAUCAAAGAAGAAUUCUGAUGAUGACACUUGGCAACCUUAAGAUCAAGGUUUAAAAUUAUCCUUAAGGGAUAAACUAGAAACUAUUUCUUACUCAGAGUAAAUGAAAUUUUUAUUUUAGCACCACAGUUCAAUUUGCCAGUAAAACCACAGCUUAUAAAAACGGCUGGAGGUCAGCAGUUGCUUAAUCCUCUUCAGCUCAACAACCUUGCCCAAAUACUACCAGGUAUCAGAUCUUAGCCAACCAUUUUUCACAUUUAAAGCAUUAUAAUUAUUUUGACCUUGUUUUCAUUUAAAACUUGUCCUUUGCUUUACUGCAGUGACACAAUACUUUAUGUGCAAAGCAGCUGCUGUUGGAGAAGGCCAUGCAAAUAAGUCAUAAUGUCUUUUUGUUGUUGUAUAGGAACAGAACUUUAUUUAAAGAAACCAUGAAGAGCAUGUUACAUAAUUGACUUAAAGAUGCUGUGAAUGGCCUAAUGUGCAAAAGCUAAAGCGUAUUUUUAUGGAAGUAAACUUUAUUAUGCAUCAUAAACAACACUGAGCUAUAUGAUGUGUAAUUGUUACAUUUUGGAUACCUCUUAAAUAAAUAAAAAGUCUGCUUGUCUAAAUGAAAUUUUGUUUUCUUCUAGAGCCUAUUGAUAAUACAAGAGCAAGAAAAUUCGAGCCACCACGGCCACAAAGUAAGAUUAACCAUGUUUAAAUGUAUACAAUGAGAAAAAGCCCCUGAUAAAUCAUAUGUUAAUUUUUCAGGUGUGUUUGAUAUAGCCAAUCAGCUGCUUAUAUGAUACUUGUGUACUGUUUUACUUUUUUGUAUUGAUGAAUAAAUGGUUAGGCCUUCAGCAUUCUCAACCUAAAAGUGUUUUGUCACAAUUUUCUUAGAUUAUGGCUGUUAAAACGUUGAAAAAUUUGCUUACAGACAGUGAAAUUCAAAAUUUUCUAGAAGGGGAAGGAAAUCAAAAUGAGAAAAGAAAAACCAAAAGUUUUUCAGAAGCCACUCACUCAGUGGCUUUAGUUAUGAAUUUUCUUGUGGCUGAGAAUAAAAAUCAACAACUGGAAGAUUUGCCACUUGCCACUUUUGGCUAUGUACCUGAAAUAAUUUCAUAAGGAAAAAUUCAAUAACUAAUGAUUUUGUAAAUUGAUAGUUAUGCCAAUAAAUUGUUUCUGUAAUGAUUUAAGGCAUUUUUUCAUCUUGAGCUUUCCUGCCAACACACUUUAUAUAUAUGGCUUUUUUGGGGAAUUGUGGAUCUAUUUUAUUCAUUCAUUAGUACAGUAGAUAAACAAACUAACACAUGUGGGCACAUGUAUUAUUCUCUAUCUUCACACAUGAAAAUACAGUUACCAUGGUUACAAAGCAAAUUGCCUUUCACAACAAAAGUGAAAUGGUUAGACUUUUCAUUGAUGUUUAUAAAAUAAAUAGAAUAUUACAGGGCCACUUAGAGAUACAACAUUUCUCUUCUACUGUUGAUAAAUAUUUCACCAGCUCCACUCACUUGUAAAAUAUUUUUCAACUCUUGAAGAGAUAUUUUGUAUCUCUGUGCAACCAAGUGAUAUCCUAAUAACUAGAUUAAUGUAAAACCAAAUUGUAAGGUUCAAUGUUAAAAUUUACGUGUUUGGAUUGUUAUGGAUGAUGAAUAUUCAAUAACUUGACUAAAAAGAGUGACUCCCUGGUUCAAAAUUGUCAUUUAUUUUUAAACUUAUUGUUUUGUUUGCCCUUGUGUAAAAAAAGUAUUUUUUUCUUUUGAAGGUGUAUUAGCCAAGAAAAUACAUGCUCCUGGUAAGGAAUUAGUUAUAGAUUGAAACAAAGAGGGUACAAAGUAUACAUAUCUAAUAUAAACCAUGACUUUAAAUAAUUUUUGCUGAAUACUAAUUUACCCCCUUUGGACAAGCACAUUUUCAAAGGGAUAAAUUGCCCAACACACACCCUCUGGUAUCAGGCACUAGGGGUUUCGUGUUUCAUUUCAAGUCAAUUUUCACUUCUAGUGUACACCAGAGAUUUUUUACUGUGCUGGUUUGUUUUUCUUGUGUUUCAUUUGUGUCAAGGGGUGUAGUUGGGGACUUAAAUGUAAUCUGAGUGGUUCCUAUGUGUUAGAAGCAACAGCUACUCAUUGAAGUUGACUUUAAACAAUUGGAAUGCACAUGUUGAAGAUUUUCAUCACACAGGCGUUGUAUGUUUAACAAAUAGAGAAGCCUUCACUGUGCUCUGUUCUGUUGUAAAGCACACAGGAAGUGGAAGUGUAGGGAGAAAUACAAAAUGUAGUUGAGUGUAAUUCUUCCCACUUCUUGAGUUGAAUUGAAUGACAGCGUGCAUUAUAUCCAAACUUUAUUACAAUUGAAAAUCAUUUUCAAGUCAACAUUUCUCACUGAAAUAUCUCAGUAAUUUAAAUGUUCCCUUAAAGGUCCCCUAUAUCAGGCUACAAUGGCAUGGUGCAAGAAAAAUUAUAAACUGGACAAAUUUAUGGCAUGUCUUUAAUUGACCUGAGAUAGUUUGAGGGCUGAUCAGAUUGCUUUUUAGCAAACAAAAAAACACUUGACAAACAGCCUUUAUGUGACCUUAAGCAAUUUAAAAUUGUAAGGUUCUGGUUGCAGGAUAUUUUAGCAUUGGCUGUUGGAGGGAUCAACCAGAAAGAGCCCUGCCAAGUUUAGAGGGGAUAUUUCCUAUGUUGGAUGGAAAUGAUUACAAAUUCAGAAAAUUUGCCAUUAAGAAGUGUGCAACCAUAGCAAAAGUACAAGGAUUUCCAGCCUUUGCAAUUGAAAAUGGAGGACAGUGUCUGGGUGGAAAAGAUAUUCUCCAGACAUAUAACAUGUAUGGAGCCUCAAGAGCAUGUAAGGUGGAUGGGAGAGGGGGACCUUGGAGUAUGGAAGUGUACAAGUUUACAAGUAAGUUGUUUUACCAACUCUGGAGCUUAGGUUAUCCUUCCAGUAUUUGAGUCUUAUUUUCUGUAAAGUGAUGACCUGGCUGAAGUAUAAGCUAGAGAGAAGUUCUUAAGUAUUUACUACUUUUAAAAGGAAGGUUACCACCAACUUUGGUGCUCAGGAAAAUGGAAAUCCUACUUUCUGCUUUAAAAUUAUUAAGUUUAUGUGUAAGCUUGUAGUGGUCUCCUAGCAGUUAUUUCUUAACUGGAGCUUUGAGUCAUAUUUGAUAAAUAUUAACCACUCCAUUAAUUGUAAUAUUAAACAAUGUUUUCUUUGUAGAACCUCCCUCAUCCCGUCGAGGUGGAAUAGCUCAUCUACAAAAAGUAACACGUUUAUUGAGGAGGAAACUCUGAGCAAUAGACAUAAACCUGCCAGAGAGGCUAACCGGACAAAAUUAGACACAAAACAAGUAAUUAAAUUGUAAGAUCAGUUAAAGGACCCUCUUAGAAAUACUAAUGCAGCAUUGGGUGUAGAUGGACAUGAGAAUUAUCAUAAUCUUAAGUCAGCACAAAGAUUGGAUCACAGUAAAAUUUCUUGACUUGUGAUGGUUUUUAUCAAUGCCAAUUUCAUAAAUUGAUUUCCUCCAUUGAACUGCCUAAAUUUAAUUUAAUUUUUGCUCACAUCAAGCAGUAAUAAACUGCAGUCCUAGGAUAUCAACACAAAUGCUUCAUACUUGGAACUAUAGAGAUGAAAGUAUUUACUUGAAUCAUGGAUGAUGUUAUCUUUACUUUUUUUUUUGUAACAAAAAUAUAAUUAACCUUAUUCAACCGGAAGGCAUCAUUAAAAGAUGAACACAGAUUAUUUUUUAAUGUAUUUACACUGACAUUUGCAUAUCAAACCCACAUGAAAUGUCCAUCAAAGCCAAACUCUGAAGAUUUAGUCUUACUCUAACAUUUGUCCAAAUCUACCCAUCCUCCCUCCCUUGCAAAUACCUCUCAUUCUCAGAGCUUGAGUGGAGGGGCACAACAUAUACCCAUGAAAGUAAAAUAGUCUUAUAAAGUUUUCAUUGAUAAGUUUUGGCUAUAUCAUUUCCUAUUUCUGUUCACUGCAUUGACCCUUUAACUCCUGGAUCAAAUUUAUCUUUCUCCUUACUGUCAACCAUACCAUUCUUAUACUGUUAGUUCAGAGAAUUUAGUGCUGGAUCAACUAAUUAUCCCCAAAUUGAUAUUUUUCUUUAUUCUCAUCACUUGUCUGUUUGAUAUUGAAUUGAUAUUGUAAGGAGAAAUUCUGUCUUGGUCACCCAUAUGAGUUAAAGGGUUAAAUUCAUCAUUAUGAAAUAUUAAUCCAAGAGAAGGCUUCAUGGCCCAAACAUUUAAGAACACUGUCUCAUUCCUUAGGAGGAUACAAUGCUCCUCAAAAGUGACAGGGAAAAUUAUUUUACAAAAAAGUAAUGGAAAUCAUCAUCAGUCAGGAGUUUUAGAUGAUUUUUUUAAAAUUAUUUUUAUUAAAGCAUUCCUUACGUAUACAUACAAAAUAGAAAUUAAGAAAGAAAAAAAACACACACACUUAUAUAUAUAGUACAAGUAGAAGAAUACCAAGCUAAACACACACACAAAGCUAUUUCAGUUACCUAGUAUGUAAAU